AUGGGCAACAUGAAAGGCUUUUCUGUUUGUGGACUUGUGCUUUUAUUUUCACUUGCAAUUACCAACGGGUUUCGCGAAGCCCAGUUGACCCAUAGGAAAUUCUCAUUACACCAGCUAAGGAGCCACAGGAAACAACGAGAAGAACUUGUGAAACAACGAGGAGAGCUUGUGAAUAUACUGGAAACGAUUGAUGAAUUGAAGAACGACUUGAACGGAAUUGAUUCGGAAAUCGACUUAUCCAAAUCGCGUAUUGCAAUCAAUCAUUUCGGGGACGAAGUGGUCACAGCUCUAGCAGCUUUGGUUCCGCCAAUUGGUUUGUCCACGGAAGAAUAUGUCGAAGCCAUGCGGUUUUAUCUGCAUCUGCCCCCAUCAGUGCGUAAUGGGCUUGUAGAACGAUUGAAUUUGGAAGGAGAAACAGCCGGAGAUUAUCAAAUGAUACCGGACAUUAUAGCUAGCUUGUAUGAGGAGCAUACCAGUCCUUCACUAUCGUUGCCAGGCUCUUUGAGCAACAAAACGGCCAUUCAAAAGAUCGCAACAGGUGGAAAUUUGGAUGAAAUACUUCAAGACAGCACCCCAGUGGUUGAAUCUACAUUUAGGGCUUUGUUUGGAUACCUCUCAAGACAUACAAAGAAGUCUCCGACGUCUGAAGAAAUAGCGUCUCUGAUGAAAAUACUGAAAGACGAAAAGAAAAUUUCAAAUGGAAACCCAAUCAAAGUUCCGGGCGCAUAUGUCAUCUCUGGAAUAGAGAGAAAAGUAAAUGCCGAAAGUCUACUCAACUGUAUAGAUGCGAGCGUCCCCGAGGAUUGGGAUUGUUCUUUUUUGGACCUGUUCGGCAUUGACGCAUUACCAUCUCUUUCAGUUGGUGUGCUGAAAUUAAGCACGUUCGGUGGCAGUUUUGUUGAUUAUGUUAACGGUGGAAGAGGCUUCAUAACUGCACAGGAGAACGAUGCCACUGUACCAUUGCAUCCCCUCUUUAUCGCUGGGUACUGCGGGAUGAUAAUCUCAGCUGUAUCGCUACUUCCUGUCGGUGCGACUGAUGGUGGGCGGCUGUCUCUCGCUAUCUUUGGCCGACAGGGACAUGCACUCGUCAGUGGGGUUACUUGGCUUGCCCUUCUUGGAGCUUCGCUUACGUUAAAUGAUGAUCAAGGGCGCGUACUAACAGCUGCAUUGGUGGUAAACAGCCUCGUUCAAAACGACAUGGAGAUUCCGUGCCGGAUUGAAACCGAUGAAGUGGACACAAAAAGGCUUGCGCUUUGUUUUACGCUUUGGUUCCUAGCAGCUUUGAUUCUAGUACCGAUGUGA